AUGAUUGCUCCCAUUUUGCAGAUAGUGAGUGACACUGUCCAGCAAGUGAAAGACGCAGUCAAAGAGACUUAUGAGCCACUGAGGUACCUGAGCCGGGCCUUGAAGAGUCAGUUUCUGGAGUCCUUUGGGGUUUUCCUGCAAGACGAAGACGUCGCUUCCACUGUUCAAUCAGUGCUGGAGCAUUCCCUGGCUGGAGAUGUUGCCAAUCGAUCCAUGCUGGAGCUGUUGAAUGAAGAUCUCAGGCCUCAGGUGGAAACCUUCCUUUCCCACUUAGGGAUCUUCCAGACUACUGACAGAAAAGAAAGCUGUGAUCUCUGGCAACCUGUGCAUUUCCUCUGUUCCUCUCUAGAAGACUUGGACUACGAGAUAAUGGCCUUGUUGGAGGCCAUUUUGGAGAAGAAGAAAAUAGCCAAGCAUCUGGAAAUGACGGCUGGUGUUCUGGAGUGGAUUCUUUCUGGCGAAGAAGGAAGCACUUUCGUUAGUCCCACCCCUUCCUUGACAGAUGAAGAAGCAGCUGUAGCUUCGGAGAUGUUGCAGAUCUGCGGGCUGGACUCCGAAGCCGUGGCAGGCUCUGUCACCUGCCUGUGGAACAACGAAGCACGUUCCGAACUGGCUGCUCUGUACUCAAGCUUAUAUGCCUUGCAGAUCUUAAGUGAAUGAAGUAGGAACGAAAACAGAUUCCAUA